CGACGGCGGGAAAUGUGUGUUUGUGCGUGCGCGAGUGGUGUGUACAAACCUUCGGUGGAUUCAUGUGGCUUUAUUGUAAGGGGAUACAUUUGAGGAAAGGAGGCCGAAUGGGGUUGCACGGGGAUGAUCAAGUGGUUGACUGGGGCUCAAAGAAGACCCCGGGACUGGGUAACUGACGACCCUCUAGCAACAAUCGCCGUCAACAGACCAUCCCAGGUCUACGCUGUCACUAGGGUAAACCCAAUAUUCAUCGAGGAAGAAGGUCGUCGCAAGGGUCGUUGCGUUUGCUCCGGAGCCGGAGGAAAGUCUGGAAGCUCGGGGUACGAGAGUCAACGGUCAAGCUCAGGCUGGAGUGGAGAAGACAUCGGAGAGGAAACGCUGGAUCAAAGCCCCAAGAUAUUAGUGUCAGCGCCGGGCUUGAGCACCAUCCCAGAGGGGAGGAUCGACUACUGCAUUCCGCGUCCGGUCUGGCCGAGGUAUGAGGACCGCCAGAGAAAACCACCGGUCCGCGUCGACCGGAGAAUUUACAGGAUGCGACAGAAGUUUGAGAAGCCACCGUCGCCGUACGACCUCCUACGCGAGUUGUCCGAUACCAUCAACCGCGCGGACACUCGGCAAAAGGUGGCAGAAGAGAUUCUCCACGAGAUCGGACAGAAGAUCAACCAAAGCCUCGAUGCUCUCGAAUCCCAAAACUCCGGAGUGGACUCUAAUACUUACAGACACUGCGAAAGAUCAGAAGAAGCUCUUAGAAGACUAUCGGUGAGUCUAAGUCGAAGUGAAGCAGUCGCUACUGUAGGUAGAGCCUUCAGUCAGGGGUCUAGUGAUGACGACCUGGAAGCUGGAAGACUAUCCUUGCUCAAGAGACUCGGCAGAUUUCCCCCGGUCGAACCUUUGUACGACGCGCAAGGAUCGACUUCCACGUCGAGCUCGUCCACCAGUAGUGGCUUCUCGGAUCUUACCCCGAGUCCACCGUCGUCCGCUUCCUCGAGACCCUUCGGCCCGGUGUUCCUUCACGAGAACCCCACCAGUGUUCCGACGAGGGUGCGAAACGCCAUGUUGUACGAGUCUUUGCAGUGUAGAGGUCCUGGAGGAUACGAGAAACUCCGGGCUGAGCAAAGGACUGAGGACUCGCAAUGGACCGUGUGUGAGAAGGAGACGACAACGGCUGAGAAGCAGAUUUGUGUGUUUCCUGGACUCCAUUCUCCAGACUUCACCCUGGACAGGCACCAAGCUGAAGAGCUCAUGAGGAGGCUUAAGUCUAGCAAACGCCAAAGGUUCUGGUGUCGCUUUGUGACAACGGCCGUUGGAUUCUUCUUCUUCCUUUUCUCAGUUAUGAUUGUCAGUUUGAUGCUGACGAGGGGAAAACGGAUGUUCGGCUCUCUGUGAUUCCUGAACCUACCUGAGUGAUAUUUUAUAUAACAGAACUGUGAUGUAAAUAGACCCAAGUGCUACUUUAAGUUUGAUUAUAAUCUAAAAGCUUUCAUGUGUUGUGAGUUAUGUGUGUGAGAGAAUUUCUUCUUGCUGGUUUAAUAAAGAUUGUUUUAAUUUUUAAUCAAUAAGGACUAUUUCUCUGUUUUAUUACUGCAUUUUGUUUAGUUUAAAGAACAGUUUUUUAUGGAUAAGAUAUGAUUUGUUUUCCUAAAGGUCAAAACAGGAUCAUUCACAGCUUAAAAGCGUAAGACAGUAUUAGUAAAAAAAAAAACAAUAUUAAAAUUCAAGACAGAUUCUUAAAUAAUUUCAUCAGAUAUAAUUUUGUCAAAGAAAUUUGUGAUUUUUUCACUUUUGAGGACCAUAAAUUUUAACUAAAUACAAGAUUGUUACAUGAAACAGUAAAUUUUUAAACCAGACAAAAGCAAGAAGUUAAAUGAUUGCUCAAAAGUGUUUUUUGUACUUUUGAAAGGUAAUGAAUUUUGUUUGAAUAGUAUUCAAAGGAAAAUUGGAUUAGUGUAUAUAUUAGUUACCAAUGUGUUACCAAAAUGUUAAGUUCCAUAAAAAAAAAUUCCAAUUUUAAAAACUUCUUUGUAUUGUAAUUUGGUAUACUGUAUAUGGAUUUUAUGAAAUCUUUACAAUGUUAUAUGUUAAAACUGCUACAAAUGCAGAUGAACAUUGCAGUAGUUCACAUGGUCACGUUGUCUGUUUUUCAAUAGUUUACAAACACUUUGAUUCACAAACAUUAGUUUGAAUAAUGGUUAUAUUCUCAUUCUCAUAGUUUAUUUGACACUCUAAGCAGGUCAGGCUUGUAUUUUACCCAAAAAGUAUUAAACAGAGAUUUAAUAUUUAUAAAUUAGCUCCCUAAACAGCCAUAAAAGACCCCUGAAAAUCAGGAAACAGAUCAAAAUGUAUGCAUUCAGUCAAUUGGCAAUACUGACAAUUAUUUUAAUGGUUUAUUUUGACCUACCAUUCUGACUUUGUUCACAUCUUUGUUUUGUUUUGAUAAUUUUUGCACCAUAAAAUGAGAAGACAUAAUGAAAUCACAUUCAGAAUUUAUAACGGAAUAUGAUGCUUAGAAACAUUCAAAUAGAAUCAUAAUCCCUACACAAUAUUGCAUGUCAAGUCUAAGAGUUUUUAAAGAACCUAGCAAUAAAGAUUGAUUUUAAUUACAUUUCUUAAACAUCCUUGAAUCCUAGACAGGCUUUAUUUUUGUGGCCUUUGCCUUCGUUAAAACCAUGAUGUGAUGAACAUUUUUAUGACAUUUUUCAAGUCACGUGUAAGGGAUUAAUUGACAAAUCGUACAUUGAGAUUGUGAAAUUUAAAAUAGUUCUCUUCAAAGGCUGAUGUUUGGAUACUAGAAAAGGCAUCCUAUCUUUUUGGAUAUGACGAAUCUAGUUUUAUACUCAUAAGCAACUUAAGAAUUACAGAAGCCUCUCACAGCAUGCUAGUAAUGAUGUUUUAUUGUCACUUUUAGAAAUCGUAUACUGUGAUAGUUUAUCUUUCUUAGAAUAUUAUGUUAUUUACAAUAAGUCAACCAUUCGGUUUGUCUUGUGUAAAAGCUUCAGUAUCCAAUAGUGAAUGGUAAAAGUAGGUGUCACAUGUUGUAGCGCACUAACUCGAAUGCUGAAUUCAACUACGUCCUUUAUAUUCUAACACUAGCAGCUUAUGAAGAUGGGAUGUCUACUACGUAGUAGAAUGUCAUGUAUUCACAGUCACAGAUUUCACUGCUUGAUCAGUUGUAACAUUAGAUUACAAAACAAAAUAUGGUAAAAUAAUUGUGCCAUUUUGUAAAUAAUUGUGUAGUUGCACCAGAUUUCAACUCGUACUACUCCUGUACAUCUUCUAACAAGAAAACGCUAUUUGAUAACAAGAAACAAAUAUUUAUCAAAGGAAAUUUAUUCUUAAUUAAACAGUAAGUAAUUUCAUACUAUAUGUCAAAUGUUAAAUUGUUGCAAUGAUUUCUUGGUAAUAUUAGUGUGUGUAAUUGACAAUUUCUGUAAAAUGGAAUAAAUGAAUAGCGUGAAAUACUUAAAGUUCCUUAACGACACAAUAUGAAUAAAGAAAAGGUUUUGUAAAAACUUUGUAAAGAAAUAUGAAAUUUUUAAUACAAAUUUCAGACGUAUUUUGGUUAUUUCAGGUAAAAAGCUUGUAGAGAAUACUAUAAAAUUAGGCAUAAAAAUAUUCAAGAUUUGUCAUAAAAAAUUUUUAGGCUAGUUUUAUUAAUCUGUGAUGAAAUGUAAAGUAGCCUAAUUAAAAACUGAAAUUAGUAAUUUUUCACACUUAUAAUAAACUGUUGUUACUUAUACAGUAUCGAGUAUCAUCAGGGUCGUAUUUCCCUUAACGAUGGUUGCCAGGGGUUUGGCCCGGGAGGAAUCCCCCCACCCCCACUUAACUUGGGGCCUCAAAAGAAAAUUGUUUACUCUUGAAAAAUUAAUUUAACUGAUAAUCUGUUAGAAGGUUCAGUUUUUUUACCUUAGCUUUUGUUCUUAACUAUGAAUAUUGUGCGAUAAAAAAUCAGAAUUUUGAGACGACGUGAAGUCUUCUUGACCACAAAAGAUGUUAACAAUUUUGCCGCAACAGUGGGAGAUAGUAAUAAUGUCUACGUGAUCAUAAAAGAUGUUCACCAUGAACAUUGCGUCUAAGACCACAGGGGAGACUAACAAUUUUGUCAUUACAAAGGAUAUUUAGUCUAUUUUCAACUUUGUUUCGUGUUUAUGAUUUUUUGACAAUUGCAGAACUCUUUUGAAUUGAUUAUAGUAUCACAAUUAAUAUUUUCUUUGUAAUGCCAUUAAACAACCCAAUAUUGAAUCCACCUGAUUCUGGUUAAAUAUCCAAAGGUCAUAUUUUUUGACAAGACUCGAAAAUGUAAAAAGUAAAAUGUAAAAGGUCUGGUCCACAGACCCCUAAUAUUAUUGAUUUGAAGCAAUACCGAAGAAUCAGAAUAUAGGAUUCCGUCUCGUGUGAGCCGCCAGGGGCCUUAUAGAUUCUUAAUACGGCCCUGAGAAUCAUAUAUCAUACAUAAAUCAUCACAUAUGUUUAAAUAAACCAUCUAAAAUUGUAAAUAGCAUUAAGCUCAAUAAAUGAUGAGUUAUUAUGAUUGUUGUAUCAUUAACGAUUAUAUUAUUUACGUAUAACUUAAUUUUAGUUUUAAGUAGCUUUCAACUUAAUCUAAGUGUACAGUUUGUAAAAAUUGUGAAAUAAAUUUUAUGUAUUUAAA